CGCACUCUCUAUCUGUGGCCUCUCACUUCCGCAAACCCUAGAAGUCGAAUAGAGGGAAAGAUUCCAAAAGUGAGAAGCAGGAAGAAUGGCUGAGGGGCUUGUCCUUCGCGGCACCAUGCGUGCUCACACCGACAUGGUUACCGCCAUUGCUGCUCCAAUCGACAACUCCGACAUGAUUGUCAGCUCUUCCCGUGACAAGUCCAUCAUCUUGUGGCACCUUACCAAGGAGGAGAAGACCUACGGUGUUCCCCGUCGUAGGCUAACCGGUCACGCCCAUUUCGUCCAGGACGUCGUCCUAUCAUCCGACGGUCAAUUUGCGCUUUCCGGUUCCUGGGACGGCGAGCUCAGGCUCUGGGACUUGGCUGCUGGUGUUUCCGCUCGCAGGUUCGUGGGCCACACCAAGGAUGUGCUCUCCGUGGCUUUUUCGAUUGACAACCGUCAGAUCGUCUCCGCUUCACGUGACCGCACGAUUAAGCUAUGGAACACUCUUGGCGAGUGCAAGUAUACGAUUCAAGACAGUGAUGCACAUUCUGAUUGGGUUAGCUGUGUUAGGUUCAGCCCGAACACCCUUCAGCCCACCAUUGUCUCGGCAUCCUGGGACCGAACCGUGAAAGUUUGGAACUUGACAAACUGCAAGCUGAGGAAUACACUGACCGGUCAUGCUGGUUAUGUGAACACGGUGGCAGUAUCUCCUGAUGGAUCUCUGUGUGCAAGUGGUGGCAAGGAUGGUGUGAUUUUGCUUUGGGAUUUGGCCGAGGGAAAGAGACUGUACUCUCUUGAUGCUGGUGCUAUCAUCCACUCUCUCUGUUUCAGUCCUAACAGGUACUGGCUCUGUGCGGCCACAGAGCAGAGCAUCAAGAUUUGGGAUCUUGAGAGUAAGAGCAUUGUUGAGGAUUUGAAGGUCGACUUGAAGACUGAAGCUGAAAAGGCUGAUGGUACCACCGGUGGCAGCAAUACGAAGAAGAAGGUUAUCUACUGUACAAGUUUGAACUGGAGCGCCGAUGGAAGUACAUUAUUCAGCGGUUACACUGACGGUGUAAUCAGAGUCUGGGGUAUUGGGCGUUAUUAGUGAAGCUUCUCACAGUAAUUCUCAUCUCAUUUUUGAGAAGAAACUAGUUUACUGUUUUACUUUAGAACUGUCAAAAAGUUUUUCUAGGUUGUUGAAUGUGGAAUCUUUUUUUGUGAUCAAUUUGCAUGUUGAAGAUAAUGGCUUUGAGGCCUUUUAUUUAAGAAUCAUAUGGUUAUUUCAGCUUUUAAUCUCCAA